AUGACGUGUCGUGUCAUUAAUCUCCUCGCCGCCUCUCCCAGAAUGGAUUCUCCGCCAGAGUGUGUGUUGGCGCUCUCCUGUGAGCAGCCCCAGUCUCCACCAACACUUCCAUCAUUGGACCACAGCCCACAGGCGUCCUCCCCUCACACCCAGCUCUCCUUACCCGACAGCCCGCUGGUUCUGCCAAUCCACAGCCCAGAACCUUCCCCGUGCAGCCCGGCCGCUACCCCUUACUUCCCCCUGUCUCCGUUCCCCCUCCACCAAGACAACAGCAACAGCCGCAACAUUCAAGAUGACGAGGAGGAGGACGAGGAGGACGAGGAGGAGGAAGAGGAGGAUGAGGAAAGGUUGGAUGGGGUUCCUCCAUCCCCCAUGCCAGCGGUGGCCCUCUUCCCAGGAGGAGGGGGGCAGGAGGACGGUUUGGAGAGCUCCCCCCCGGCAACGCCAUCAGCUCCCCCCCUUGGGUUUGGAGCACUGGAGCUGGCCCUCUCUUCUGGCCAGGGAGGAAACUGCAAUGACGAGCUGGACCUCCAGCUUUUCCAGAAGGAUGUCGUUACUGGGGCAAUACCUGGAGUGGGUGGAGCCUCAUCAGGCCCCGCCCUCAAGUUUCCCUGUCACGUGUGUGGGAAGAGGUUCCGCUUCCAAAGUAUUUUGUCUCUCCAUGCACGGGCUCACAGUCUGGACCGGGACCGCCGAGCUUCGGCCCUGUACAGGACCGGUCUUCCUCCAGCCGCUUUGCAACAACAGCACCUCAAGGUCCAGCAAAAUCACAAGAUCUUAAUGCAAAACAAGCACAGCCACCAGAACCAGCGCCAGCUAUCCGGGUCUCUAAUCCAAAAUCUCAGAGAAGACGUGGAGGUCGACAGGGAACACGUCAAAACAUUACAUGAGGGCCUACAAAAAGACCAGAACCAGAAUUUUCUACUGGAUGAAAGCACACCCCUGACCCCUCCACUGACUGAAGACCCACUGCCUGUCACCUCCCCAACCUCCUCUGGAAGUGCUACCAUCGGGGAUGUCACCUCUGCUCCUGCAGCAACUUCGUUCCGCUGCCACGCCUGCAAGGGAAAAUUCCGCACGGCCUCGGAGCUGGCACGCCACGUCCGCAUCCUCCACAACCCGUACAAAUGCACACUCUGCCCCUUCUCUGCCAGUCAAGAGGAACGCCUGGCAUCUCACCUGCAGGAGUGCCACCCCUCCCCCGAGGUACCCUCCCUGCCCCUUGCUUACAGCUCCAGGCCCGUUGUUGCGACUCCUGACACACCCGUGCCCACCCCUACCCCGACACCAUCUCCUAUGCCCACUGCACCUCAGCCGGCCACUGCUGCAGCACCCCCCGCCUUGCCAGCAUUCCGCUGCGACACUUGCGGACAGCGCUUCACCCAGUCAUGGUUCCUGAAGGGCCACAUGCGCAAGCACAAGGACUCCCUGGACCAUAAGUGUCAGGUGUGUGGUCGUGGGUUCAAGGAGCCCUGGUUCCUCAAGAACCACAUGAAGGUCCACCUCAACAAGCUUGGACUCAAGGCGGGUUUAGGGGCCCUUGGGGGGCUGGCGGGGGAUGACCACCAGGCCAAAGUCUCCACGGGCAACCCAUCUCUCAACGCCCUCUACUCCAGCCUCCUUCUGGCCCAGCGAGGAGGAACAGGGAGAGGUGGACGAGGCAGAUCGGAGAGGGACGCAGGAGGCAGAAGUGGGAUGGUUUCCAGCAAAUCGGCCAUCCUCGGCUACCUGGGGUUGCCUAGUGACGGGGGCGGGGCCAGCUGCAUGGAGCGGCUCCAGGCAGUAGCGCAGGUGGCAGAGAUGGGAAAUGGUGGAGUCAGCAGUGGCUUGGGAGCAGGUGACCGAGGAAGAGGAGGAGGAGGAGGAGGAGGGGAAAUGCCGUCAUCGGUGUCUGAUGGAGGAGAGCAGGCAGCUAUGUGGCAGCUGGUGGCUCGCAGCCUGAUGGCGGCUCAGCAAGCCCAGCAGAGAGGCCAGCAGCAAAGCCAGCGAGGUCCAGGCCGGAGCACUGCAAUCGGGGAGGCCGACCAGGUCAGGGCCUACCUUGGAAGCCUGGACCCCAGGGAUGAGUCGGCAGGCUCUGGACCUGCCGUAGGGGGAGCAGCAGCGGGAGGCCCAUGGGAAUGCCCCGACUGUGGGAAGCUGUUCCGAAGCCUGCAGCAGGCAGUGGUCCAUGCCCGGGUUCACACUCAGAGACCCCCGAAGGGAGGCGGCGGUGAGGAGGAGGCAAGCAGGAGUUGUCGGGGAGCAGCAGGGGGAGGGACGAGAGGUGGCGGGGAGGGGAGGCAGGAGCCUAAACUCCACAGUGGUGGAACGCAGCAAGCGGCCGGUGGAUUUCACUCUCUCAUCUCAAACUUCCAAGGAGAGAAGGACUUGACAGCAAUCUCCUCCGUACCUUCACUUUCCACCAGGGAGCGUGUACGCGGCUCAGGGGUGAAAGAUUGCCCCUACUGCGGUAAAGCCUUCCGCUCCUCACACCAUCUCAAAGUGCAUCUGAGAGUUCACACUGGUGAGAGACCCUACAAAUGUCCCCACUGUGACUAUGCCGGCACCCAGUCGGGCUCCCUGAAGUACCACCUUCAGAGGCACCACAGGGAGCAACGCAAUGCACUUUCAGCCUCCUCCUCCUCUUCCUCCUCCUCCAACAACUCAUCCACUAGCCUCACCUCCACCAUUGCCAGCCUGGCUUCAGGAGCUCCAUCGCGUGGAGAUGGGCUGGUCAAACAACGCCGGUCUCAAGUGUCCUCCCAACAUCUGGCCACCCGAGGCCCAACGGAGACUCCUUCCUCCAGACACAGCCAGCAGCCCUGGCUCCUGGGCCUUCCAGACCAACAGGAGCAUCAGAAGGCCUUGGCCGCUCUGAGAGAUGUCGACUUGGAGACCCAAUACAGGUAUCUGUCCGGCGUCAUGGGGGCGCUCUAUCAAGGUGGGAUAGAGGGAGGCUGGGUCAGGGAGUCCACCCCACUGAAGGCCCCCAAAGUGUCCCGUCGUAAACCCCUCACUACCAGUCGAAUGGUGCAGCCAUUGAACGGAGGGAGCAAGGAGGCAUCUGCACCUUCCACCCAUGAAGGCGGUUUUGAACCCCUGGAUCUGUCCCGUCGGCCUUCCCCCAGCCUUGGAGGGAUGGAGGAGGAUGGAGGGACAGUUGUAGGGGAAGGAGGAGGUGGUGGCGGAGGCGAUGGGGUGAUGGGGGUCACCCUGAGCCAGUGUUUGUUCUGCCCCUUUCGCACCUCCUCAGCAGAGCUGAUGGCCAUGCAUCUCCAGGUCAACCACACCAGUAAGUCCAGGCGUAAAAGAGGCUCCUUGGCUUCUUUGGAUGAUGACAGACCCCAAAAGCCCACCCGGCCCCGCAUUAAUGACGCAGACCCGGACCCCCUGGCUGUAUGGAGGUAUGUGAGUGAGGCUGAGGAGCAGGCACCACUGGGGGAAUGGGCCUUGGGCCACCAUCCCACCCACAACGGGCUUUAUGAAGAUGCAGCAGAGAAGCUUGGGAACACCCUUCACCCUCAAGCCCCAACCCUGGUCGCAGCAUCAAGGAACAAUACUGGUAUCCCGGCACACAAGGCCAAAACAGAGGGAGAUGAUGAAGAGCAGGAUGAGGAGGUUGAGGAGGUUUUGGAGGAAGCAGAAGAAAGUAGCAGCCCAGGGGAUUCACCGAGUUUGAGGAGACCCCUCCCUCCAUCACCAGCCAUGGGCUCUGAUCACAUGAUGCCAGAGGAGGAACGAGUCUUGGCAGAUUAAGAAUGACAUCGUGUAGGGAAGCGGGGGGGGGGGUUCUUAAGGUUUUCAGCCUCUCUUAAAGAGAAAUAAUCAAA